GUGAGAAGGCGAUCCUCGAUGUCUUCGCAGUAGUAUUGUUCAAUAUCCUCCACGAUCCGAAUUCAUACAAUCUCCAACCUAUGAUUGAGACGUUGCCCAUGCCAAUCGGCUGUUGGAUUGCAUGAAGGCUUAAUUCAGCAAUGCACCGAAGGAUAGAUGAAUGGCCAUGUCGCUUGUCAAAGCGCACGUAGCCCGAAUAACACUAUCAAAAGAGACCGAAUCUCCGCCAUGGAGCCACACUGCUGUAUGGACCCUGGGAAGGCGGAUCGAGUAGCAAACACCCACACGAGCCGGCAGGAUUGACAUUUCUUGUGUACAACAAGACGGGGAGGCCAAUCAAUGAGAAUGAGAUCAGCUGGAGACUCGGUGAGGGAUGCGAAAUCAACAAGCCACAUCAGACACUUGCCAUUCAAAGUUGUAGCUUCACCCCACGACCGUCGAGCCAAGCAUGACUGCCUCACAGCCUCGGUCGCUGCCACUGGCCCUCCCUUUGUCCACACGCCCGUGCAAGAUCAAAGGGAGUGUGCAUGUCGAGGUCAGCGGCUCGUUUCACCACACCCCCAAUGUGUCUUUUUUGUGUCUGGGCAGUCUGAGCUUGGCGCUUCACGUUCCCUGUGUGCCUGUGACGCCUUUGCUGGGCGGCUUCAGUGCAAUUCUGAGGUGGUGUUCACAAGCUUCCCCUCCACAAUGGCACAUCCUCAGGGGUCUCAGGAUCCCCGGUGGCUGCCCCAGGCCUUGUGUCCAGUACCCACUCUGGGCAUCCACUCAACACCCACGCAUCCCCCCUAGAAUCAUCAAUCGGGCCUGCAAGGCAGGGUGCGGAGCGAAGGGGGGGAUCUUUUUUUUGGGGGGGGAC